UCGCUUCCGCCUCUUCCCAGCAGUUACGCACCAUUUUCUGCGCAACAGGAGACUCGGAGGGGAACCGAGGAACCGAGGCGCACGGUCUGUGCGCUCUUCUGGACAGCAGAGGACGGAACAACACAUUUAAAACAACCCGACGAAAACAAUAACAACAACAAACAUGAGUAUGUACGGCUCCCAAUCCAAACUGCCCAACAUGGGCCUCAGGAGCAACUCGAGACCGGAUUUGGCGAGUCCCAGUUUUCGAAGCGAAGUGUUCCUCGGUGGAAACGGCGUCCAGGGGGAUUACCAGCAAGGGGACGGCGGAUACACCUACCACACCACCUUCUCCAGGAGCUCCGCGCACGGCGGUGGGCUCCAGGGACCGAAGGUGGCCGUCAGCUCAGGGGGGGCAAUGAGCGUGCACGGCAUUCAGCAGAAGUCUUCAUACCUGACCGGCGUUUGUCAAGAUUAUCUAUCGAGAGCGCAGAUGAUGCUGCAGAAUGGGCAUCCGGCCGUGGAGGUGGAGAAGCAGCUGAUGAUGUCGGCAGAAACCCUGGACCAGCUGAUGCUCUGCGGCCGGGAGCUGCAGCAGCUGCGUAUCCCCAACAACGUCUUCAGAAGUGUGGAGCAGUUCCAGAACAUGCAUGGUGCCAUCCAACAGCAGCUUGCCGGGGGUAUGACCAUUAGACGCAACCGGGGCAGCCAAGGCUCGCUGGACGGGGGGAGGGCCUUCAACGAUGCCAUAGGCUGGAUCAGCCAGCAGAAGCGAAUGAUUGAGACGGCACCCUGGGGGGACGACUCUGCCACCAUCGAGAAGCAAAUCCAAAAUCACAACAAAGUUCACAGCUCCAUCCAAAGGAGUCAGGAAGUAGACAGAGCCAGAGAUGAACUGAGGGGCGACAAGUACAACCUCUCCGUCCUGGAACAAGAAUGGGAAAGCUUGCAGAAAAUGUCCCACGCCCGCCUGAGUCAGCUGCGAGAGCUUCAGAGCAUCAUUGAGGAUAUCUCCCGAGCCAUCAUGUGGGUGAACGAGAGAGAAGAGGAGGAGCUCAUGUUUGACUGGGGGGACAAAAACAUCGACCAGUACAUCCCCAAGAAGCAAGAGAGCUACUCGAGGCUGAUGAGGGACCUGGAGGUGAAGGAGAAGGAUCUGAACAAGCUGAAGGUGAAAGCAGAUGGACUCCUGAGUAACAACCAUCCAGCCGUAGACAAGAUUGAAGCCUACAUGGACACCUUACAGACCCAGUGGAGCUGGCUGCUGCAGAUCACCAAGUGCAUCCAUAUUCAUCUGAAGGAGAAUGCCGCCUACAGCCAAUUUUUCAAGGAGGCCAACGAGACCUACAUGAAGCUCCAGAAGGAGAACGAGACGAUCCGCAGCAAGUUCGGCUGCGAUAAGAACACCCCAAUGGAGAGCCUCACGGAACUCCUGAAAAACCUGGAGAUAGAGAGGGAGCGCAUUAUGGAAAACAAGAGGCAGGUCCACAGUCUGGUCAGCAAGUCCAGGUCCAUCGUCAGGCUGAGACCUCGCAACCCAGAGGACAAGAGCCCCGGCCCCGUCAUCAUCAAGGCUAUAUGUGACUUUAAACAAGACCAGAAAGGGAUUUUGAAAGGGAACGAGGGCAUCCUGAAGGACAACUCUCAGCGCAGCAAGUGGCUGGUGACAGGACCUGGAGGUCUGGACAUGUUGAUCCCCUCCGUGUGUCUGCUCAUUCCUCCACCAAACCCGCUGAGCAUCGGCCUCGCCAGCAAGACUGAGCAGUACUAUGAGGCCAUCAUGGGCAUCUGGAAUCAGCUUUACAUCAACAUCAAGAGUCUCAUCUCAUGGCAGUUUUGCCUCAAAGACAUCAACUACAUCAACUCACUCAAUGUCACGAUGUUGUCUAAGAUGCGCCCUGACGAGUACCGCACCAUGAUCAAAAGACUGGAGAAUCACUACCAAGAGUUCAUCCGUACCAGCGAAUCUUCUGAGCUGUUCGGGGAGGAGGACAAGAUAGACAUCCAGAACAACUUUGAUAAAGCCAAUAAUUACUAUGACACUCUGAUUGUCCAGCUGCCUGCGCACAGGGAAGAUGCGACUAAGCCUGAGUCACCAAAACCGACUCCAGCACCCAUCAUCCCCAAGACCACGGUCCCCAAGGUGACCACGCAGCCUCCCCCGGCCAGCUCCACCAUCAACAUCACCCUGCUCAGCAGUCUGCAAGAAGUCCGACGCAGGCUGGAGCUGGCCGAGUACGGCCUCACCAGUCACCUCCAUGUUCCCCUGGGAGAGAACAGUGUGCACGAGUGCUCCGUGCACAUCCAGAACCUGCAGUCUGUGCACGGAGAUUUGGACUCUAUCCACGACGAGUACCUGCGCCUGAGAGAGCUGAUCAUAAAGCAGCUGGAGAGGAUACCAGGGGAUUCAGAGCAAGCCAAGUUCCUCCGCUCAGAAUUAGAAAUUAUCAACCAAAAACUGGGAGGCCUGCAGGGUCUCUACGCAGCCUACAUUCAAAGACUAUCGGCUCUUCAGACCCUGCUCCAGAAUCUUCUCGAGGCCGAGGAUAUCAUUAAAGUCCACGAGGCCCGGCUGACAGAGAAGGAAACCACCUCCCUGGACCAGCGGGAGCUGGAAAACUAUCGGAGCACUCUUAAGCACAUGAAGAGUGAUCUGGAUCAGAAAAGAGAUCGGUUGACAGCUAUGGAUUCUGCUCUGGCCAAAGCAUUGCAAUUCAAUGGUCAAAUCUCUGGGUCCUUCCACAAGUGCGACGUGGAUUUGUCCAAAUACUCGGACCUGGUGGGUCAGAUGUCCGACCGCUGGCAUCGCAUCCAAACCCAGAUUGAUAGCAGAAUGUGGGACCUGGAGAAGCAUGAGAAGCAGCUGAACCAUUAUCAACAGAGCAGCACUUCCGUGGAACAGUGGAUAGACAAUGCCAGGAAGCGCCAGGACACGCUUCAGAUGGUGAAGCUCAAUGACAUCCAGACCCUGAUGGAGCACCUCAACCAACAGAAGGCACUUCACAUUGAAAUUAAAGGAAAGAAGGAGAAAGUAGACGACAUGCACAAGAAUGCAGAUACCUGUGCUACGUCCAUAAAGGACUAUGAGCUGCAGCUGGCCUCCUACAGUUCAGGCCUGGAAACUCUGCUGAAUAUUCCUAUCAAGAGAGCAAUGCUGCAGUCGCCAGCCACUGUGGUCAGACAGGAGGCGUCUGACAUCCAGUCCCACUACGUAGAGCUUCUUACCCGCUCUGGGGACUACUACAAGUUCCUCGGGGAGCUUCUGAAAAACAUGGAAGAGCUGAAGAUAAGGAACACCAAGAUUGAGAUGCUGGAGGAGGAACUGAGGCGUCUGAAGGAUGACCUCCAGGAUAAUAAUCAGAAAAACAAGUCUCUGGAAGAUGCUUUGGCCCGCUACAAGCUGGAGCUGACUCAGUCAAAACAUGAGCUCAUUUCUAUGGAGGAAGUGAAGAGAACCACGGCAAUCCAAGUCAAUGUUACCAAGGAGAACCUGGACAGCACUCAGAGCCAGCUUCAAGAUCUCAGUGACCAGCUGACCCGCAUUAAAUACCAGCUGGAUGAAGAGAAUAGGAAGAGGAGACUGGCAGAGGAGCGCUAUACCAGCCAGCAAGAAGAGUAUGAGGCGUCCGUUCGCCGCAGACAGAAGGAACUGGAAGAGCUCAACUGGACCAAGAUUGACUUAGAGAAAAGUGUGAAGGACAGAGAACGUGAACUGGAGAGAAUGAAGUUACUGCUAGAGGAAGAGGCGACCCGUCGACGUAAUGCGGAAUCAGAUAUCUCAAAGGUAAGAACACAGUGCACCCAAGAGAUUACUCAACUUAAGCAGACAUAUGAGACACAGAUCCACGUUACCAAGACCACAAUCCUGAAAGCCUCACAGCAGAAAGAAGAGGACUCUGCCGAGCUGAGGCUGCAAGUUGACAGACUCACUGUGGAGAAGAGAGAUUUAGAGGAGGAGCUGAGGAGACUCAGGAUGUCCAUUGCUCACACAGAGGAGCAGAAAAGCAGAGCAGAGCAGGAGUCAAGCCAGCAGAGGGCCUCAGCAGCACAGGAGACGCGGAUGCGCAGUGAGCUAGAGGUGCAGCUGAGAAGUUUCAAGCAGCAGAAAGGAGAGGAUGAGAUCAAAUUAAAAGAUGCCAUUAAAAGCAACCAGGAGAAGUCCAGGCAGAUCAGCGUGCUCACAUUUAAUGUGGAGGAGGAGGGGAAGAAGAGGAGAGCUCUGGAGUUGGAACUCAAUCAUCUGAAACAGGCUGAGGCAGAGCUGAAAGCAAAGAACACCUCCUAUCUGGAGUCAAUCAACAAGCUCAAAGUUACUGAGCAAGAGAUCCACAUCACCAGAGUGGAGCUGGACAAACAAACCAGUGAGAAGACCAAAGCUGAGCAGAGUUCUGCCAGGCUGCAGAGCCGAAUCCGUGACCUUCAGGUCUCGCUGGAUGGGAUGGAGGACGAGUUGGAGAAACAGAAGAAGGCAACCCAAGAGGAGUUCACACGUAGGAAGAGAAUGGAGGCUGAACUGGAGAGGAUUACACAAACCUGCAGAGAGCACACCACCACGAUUACCACACUGAAAUCUGUCCAGCUAGAGGUUUCCACCUCCGGAAGGAAGUAUGAGCAGGACCUAAGAGCCCUCCAGGAGGCUCUGGAAAAAAGCCUGAGGGAGCAUAAAGUCACCAAGGAGGAACUGGCAGCUGUUAAAGUUGAGCUGAAGACACUGAAACAGAAGCUCCUGCAGGAACAGAGCCGGAUUCACGAGCUCAACCUGCGCAACGAGAGCCUUUACAAGACCAUCGAGGAGAAGAGCCGCCAGCUUAACGAAAACACUACAGAGAUUGAAAAGCUGAAGACUCUGACGCAGAACCUGACGAAGGAGAGGCUGAGGUUGGAGGAGGAGCUGAGGGCAGUUAGACAGGAGAGAGAUGAGCUGAAGCUCAGCAAAGACGCUGUUGAUGGAGAAAGUGCCACUCAGAUCUCAGCCUUGCAUGUCCAGCUUCAGAGUAGCACCAAGAGGACAGCGGAGCUCCAGACUCACAUCAACGACCUGACCAGGGAGAGAGAAAAGCUCAAAAUGGAAAUAGACAAAAUCCAAAAGCAAUCGAUUGAGACAUCCAUCCUGGUGCAUACGUCCCAGAGCCAAUAUAGUGAGCUGCUGUCGGAGAAGGACAGUUUGCUUUGCAAGCUGAAACUGCUGGAGCAGGACAAGACUCGUCACCAGCGCAUAGAAGAGGAGCUGACCCGCAUCAAGAUCACACUUGAGACGGAGGUCCGUAGCAAACAGCGUGUGCAGGAUGAGAAGAAUUCUCUCCUCAAGGAGUUUAACUGUAUGAAGAGCCAGUAUGAAUUGAGAGAAGGCCAGAUCAGGCAGUGCGAAUCAGACAGAGACAAGGCGGAUCGUGAGAGGUUAUCCCUGAAAAAUGAGAUCGAGAGGCUCAUGAGGGAGCUGAAGAUUAUUGAGGAGAAGUACAAGAGCAGGCUGAUGAUGUCUGAAAAGGAGUUGUCAGAACUUACUCUCAAAAGAGAGGCCCUGGAGAGAGAGAUAAAGAGGCUGCAGCAGAGACCUAGCAUUCUGAACCAGCAGACCCAGACAGAUGAGAAAGUCCCAACAAUUGAUCCAUCCAAGCUGGUUUUUGAUGGGGUGCGUAGAAAAGUCACUGCCCACCAACUUUGCGACUGUGGUAUAAUCUGCAAAACCACUUUAGACCAGCUCUUAAAGGGAAAGAAGACAGUGGAUGAGGUUGCUUUGGACAUCCAGCUUAAUCUAAAGGGUUCAGGUGUUAUUGCUGGCAUGACAACAGGUGCUCAAGGAAAAAUGCCAUUCACUGCAGCCAAAAACAAAAACCUCCUCAGCCCAGAGAGCGCUCUCAUGCUUCUAGAAGCUCAAGCAGCAACAGGCCACAUAAUAGACCCGGCAUUUAAUGAAAAGAUGCCUGUGGAUGCAGCCUGCUCCAGAGGAAUUGUGGACACAGAAGACAGAGACAUCCUGGUGACAGCUGAAGCUGCAAGCACAGGCUUUAAAGAUCCAUACAGUGGCAAAGUGUUAUCUGUGGGUCAGGCUUGCAAACAAGGCCGCAUAGACAAAGACACAGCCAUCCGCUUGCUGCAGGCACAGGAGUCUGUGGGAGGCAUAUUGGAUCCUGUUCUGAGUGUGUUCCUUCCAAAAGAUUCGGCCUUGGAUCGCAAUCUUAUCGACGAAGACCUCUAUAGGGCUUUGAACAAAAAACCUAAAAGCUACCUGGACCCUGCGACGGGAGAGAAGAUCAGUUAUAAUGACCUUAGGAAGAAAUGUACAGUCGAACCUGUUAACGGCCUGCUUCUGCUCCGUGGUCCAGAAAAGUGCAUGACAGUAAAGGGUCUCCGUGGUGAAGUUCCCAUUUCAGAGUUAAUCAAUUCUGAGCUUCUGGAUGAAACUGACUUGGUGAAGAUCAACCAGGGCAAACUGACCUGCAAAGAUAUUGAAGACAAGCUGAAGUCCUAUCUGUAUGGCUCUACCUGUAUUGCAGGUAUCUAUGAUGAGGCCAAUGAGCGAAUCAUGCCUAUUUAUCAAGCUAUGAAGGAAGGUCUGCUCAUGAGGGGAACCACCCUGGAGCUUCUUGAGGCACAAGCUGCUUCUGGGUUCAUUGUUGAUCCAGUCAACAAUGUUUUCCUGCCAGUAGAGGAAGCUGCAAAGAGAGCUCUGAUAGGGAAAGAGUUUAAGAAUAAGCUUUUGUCUGCAGAGAAAGCAGUUAUUGGAUACAAAGACCCACACACAGGAAAGACAAUCUCCCUCUUCCAGGCUAUUGAAAAAGAUCUUAUUGAGAAAGGUCAUGGAAUCCGUCUCCUUGAAGCUCAAAUAGCUAGUGGCGGGAUUAUUGACCCAAAAGAGAGCCAUCGCAUUGAUGUUAGUGUUGCCUAUAAAAGGGGGUAUUUUGAUGAGGAGAUGAAUGAGAUCCUUACUUAUGAAGGAGAUGACACCAAAGGGUUCUUUGACCCUAAUACCAAGGAAAAUCUUACAUAUCUGCAGUUGAAAGACAGGUGCAUCACAGAUCCCAAAACAGGUCUAAUACUCCUGCCACUCAAAGACAAGAGGAAGCCGCAGAAGUCUCAGGAAAGCCGCACCAACGUCCUCCGCAAGAGGCGGGUUGUGAUCGUUGACCCAGACACAGGACUGGAGAUGUCAGUGAGGGAGGCCUAUCACCGCGAGCUGAUUGACUAUGACACCUUCCUGGACCUGUCAGAGCAGGAAUGUGAGUGGGAGGAAAUAACCAUCCAGGGGUCCGAUGGCGCGUCACGAUUGGUGAUAGUGGAUAGGAAAACAGGAACCCAGUACGACAUCAAGGACUGUAUGGAGCGUGGUAUCAUUGGCCAGAAAACUGUGGAUCAGUAUCGAGCUGGAACGCUAACCUUGACCCAGCUUGCUGACCAAAUUAUCAGCAACACCAGUAGCUCUGACAUGACUAUUUCAUCCAGCAAUGCCGAUGAUAUGUUCACCUGCAGCAACCCCGCCCAGGCCGCACCGUCCUCUCCAACUGUCCGUAAACGCUUCAACAGUAUUUCUAUUACUGUCUCACCCCCGGAGAUGUAUGAUGACCAGAGCCCUGUUGCAGCCAUAUUUGACACAGAGACCCUGGAGAAGAUAACUAUUUCUGAAGCGCUUCGAAGAGGCAUAGUUGACACUAUUACAGGACAAAGGCUGCUCGAGGCCCAGGCAUGCACAGGUGGGAUUAUCAACCCUGCCACUGGCGAGAGACUGUCGCUGCAGGAUGCUGUCCACCAGAGCAUCAUUGAUGACAGCAUGGCUGCUAAGCUGAAACCUGCCCAGAAAGCCUUUGUUGGUUUUGAAGAUUUAAAAACUAAAAGGAGGAUGUCCGCAGCAGAAGCAGUAAAGGAGACAUGGCUGCCUUAUGAGGCAGGUCAGAGAUUUUUGGAGUUUCAGUAUCUGACAGGAGGCCUGAUUGACCCUGGCACUGGUGUUCGUCUGAGCAUCGAAGAGGCUAUCCGCAAGGGGUGGCUUGACGGUAAAGGGGCGAUGAAGCUUCAGGAUUCACAGAGCAAUCAGAAGUACCUGACCUGUCCCAAGACGAAACUGAAGAUCUCCUACAAGGAAGCUAUGGAUGGCUGCAUGGUGGAGGAAAGCAAUGGCAUGAAGAUGCUGCAGGCCUCCUCAAUGUCCUCGAAGGGAAUCAGCAGCCCUUACAAUGUGUCUAACCCAGGAUCACGCUCUGGCUCCAGGUCUGGUUCCCUUGCUGGCUCCAGGAAUGGAUCUCGUAGAGGGAGUGUGGAUCAUUCCUCUUCUUACAGCUUCAGCUUCUCUUCAAGCAGCACCUCUUAAUGCACUGCACGGUAAAAAAGUGAAACUAGGAUAGGCUUAUUAAUAGCGGUUCCUAUGCAAUUUAAAGUAUGCAAAGUAAUGUUUGCUUUUUCUAAAAAAGUUAUAUUCUGCCACUUAUUCGAUGUUGGGAGAUUUGUUUAAAUACUGAAACAAAUUCAUUAUAUUAUUAUGGAUUUUUUUUGUAGUGUUUUGGUGAUUAGAUGUGUGAGUAUUAAGGAUAGGGUAUAAUUCAUGAUUUUAUUGUAUUGCAUACUUUUUAAAUGAACAUAUUUGUCAUAACAACAUUUAACAUGGCUUUUUUAGAGAAUCUAACAGUGUGUUGUUUCAAAAUAUGCCGGUUGACCUCAAAAUCGGCUUGCUACCCAAAUUAAAGUAGUUGUUUCUCUUGCUUAGUUUAUUUCAGCUUGACUCAUGUACUGUAUGUUUCCGUCUUUUUUUUUAAACAAAUGUUGUUAAUUGCAAAUGCUGACUUUUGGCUUAAAAUUCUGGAAUGUAUUGACAACUAUUCUUUGCCAAAAAAAUGUUAUUCACAUUAUUAACAAACAAUAAAUAAAAGUUGUAACAAUUCA